CACCCUAAUCAUAUUAAUUAAUGUGUCACUAAAUCAAUCAAGCUCACACUGUUAGAACCGAUAAAGCCAAAAUAGCCCAAAGUCGGACAUGUCCAGAAUCGGGUUGGCCCGGCCCGGAAUAUUUUACAGCUUGGCGGGUCAACAAGCUUCGUUUGGUUCCGGACCAAAAAAAGCUUCGUUUGGUGGUACCCGCCUGAAAUUACCUCGCUUCUUCUUCUUCGUCUUUCAUUCCAGAACUGAACCAAAGAUUUUCCCUCGAAACAAACACUGACCAGAAAAAAAGAAAAAAAAAUCCACAGAUGCUUUCUCCAUGGACUCAAUUUUAAACUCAGCCUUAGCAGAAAUCUGCUCGGAGCUCCAAAACGGUCUCCCUCUCCAGACCCUCUGGCCCAGACUCGAUCCUUCUCUCUCCUCCUCCAACCUCGACCUCUCUCCUCACUUCAAGCAAGCCCUAUGGGACGCCCUUCGCUCCGUCCCAACUCUCAAGUUCGACGCCAAAAACGCACCGUAUGGUCCGGCAGACCCUUCCAUUUUGUCCUUCGAAGACGCUGAGAAGCUCAACCUGAAGCUCGUGGCUGACGAGGGUCUCAGGGACAACUUCAUGGGCCUCUACAAUGUCCGCUCCGCCAAUGCCAGCUUGUCUAAGAUUCAGCGGAUGGCUCUCGAACGCCUCGUGACGGCUAGGACAAAUGGAAUUACACAAAGUCAGCUUGCUAAGGAACUUGGCAUUGAAGGGAGAAACUUUCAUUAUGCAGUGAAGAGCCUUGAAUGUCAAGGGUUAAUUGUGAAGCAAUCUGCAUUAUUAAAGACAAAAGAAGCUGGUGACAGUCCGUUUGUGACUACCAAUAUGUUAUACUUGUAUCGACAUGGGAAGCAUUUAGGUUCUCAACAGAAGAUUGAGAUCACCAAGGAAGAACAGACUAGGGAGAGUUUUGGAAAUGGAAAUGAAAGUCCUGCAAGUGGAGAUAACUUUGCUGGAAAAUAUGUUAAAGAGGAUGUGCUUGUAAAGGACUAUCUGCCAGAAAUGAAGGCAGUCUGUGAUAAACUUGAAGAAGCCAAUGGCAAGGUUCUUGUUGUUUCGGAUAUUAAGAAAGAUCUUGGUUACAGUGGAACUCCUGGAGGGCAUAAAGCUUGGAGAAAAGUUUGUCGCAGGUUGAAAGCUGCUGGUAUCGUGGAGUUGUUUGACGCUAAAGUGAAUGAGAAGGUUGAGUGCUGCCUGCGUUUUCCAGAAAAUUCUACUCAAAUGAGUCUUGAGCCAAAAAGUCUUUCACAUGUAGAUGAUCAUUGUAAUGAAGAACAGCAGGUGAAAUACGGAAAGAGAAAGAAAUGUCAAAUCACUGAUCAGCUUGUAGAACUUCCAAUUGAGCAACAAAUUUAUGAAUUGAUAGAUUCCACAGGAUCAGAAGGUUUGACUAGGAAUGAGGUUCUGGAGAGGCUUGGAAUUAACAACAAAAAAAAUUGUAACCGGCUUGCUGGUAUGUGGUCUAGGUUUGGGAUGAAUAUACAACCAGAAAUGCACCAAAAAGCCAAGACAUAUCGAUUUUGGACAUCUGUAGAACACAAUUCUGAAUCGGCUAAUCCUUUUCUUAAUAAAUCAGAAAAUGCCAAUGAAAAUAAAAUUACUGACCUAUACAUUGGCAGCUCAGAUGCUCUUGACAGGUCAGGUCAAAGUCAAACUCGUUCAGCCUAUGAUUGUUCAACUUUGAAAGGUGAUACUGCUGGUUCCAGAAACAUGAAAAUUAGAUACAUUAAUACUGAGCCUUCUGGUGGAUCUCCUCGGUAUAGUGAAUCUAACCAUAUGCUUCUUUGUCCUGGAAAUCCCCAACCGUUGUUUCUUGAGCCAAAAGAUACUACUUGUGACAGUAAACUUAGUUUAUUGAGCACAGUGGAAAUAAAUGGUGCCUCACUAGAAACACCACCUGCUGCGUUAAAGCCACUUGGUUCUGGAUCAGAUCCGAGGUAUCCAUGUCUGUCUUUGACCGAGGAUAGCACUAGAAGGGAAAAAAGGAUACUUGAGCGGCUACAGGACGAGAAGUUUAUUUUAAGAGCUGAGCUGUAUAGGUGGCUUGUGAGUCUGGAGAAGGACAAGUGCACAACAACAGACAGGAAAACUAUUGACCGAAUUUUAAAGAAACUUCAGGAACUAGGGCACUGCAAGUGCAUACAUAUUAACGUCCCUGUUGUCACAAAUUGUGGUCGUAGUCGUACCACUCUAGUGGUUCUGCACCCAUCUGUUCAGAGUUUAACUCCUGAACUAGUUUCUGAAAUUCAUGAUACAUGGAGGUCUUUUGAGAUUCAAAGUCGGGGCCAGUGCUCAUCUCGAUGGAAGAAAAGUGGAUCAUUUCCUGUACUGAAAGAUGUUCAGAGGACUCAGAACCAUGUCGGUACAGAUAUCCGAGCCAUGAGAUCAGAAGCCAUGCGCUCUAAUGGAUUUAUUCUGGCAAAAAUGAUUCGUGCAAAGCUGCUACAUAGUUUCCUGUGGGAUUUCCUCUCUAGUUCCACAGGAUCUGAUGAUGCUUUAGCAUCUGGAAAAGAUGUCAUUGAGUUAAAAAAUCCUCACAGCAGAAGCAAAUUGUUUUCACUAGAGGCAGCAAUCAGGGCUAUUCCAAUUGAGCUGUUUCUACAAGUUGUGGGCUGCACUAAAAAAAUUGAUGAUAUGCUUGAGAAGUGUAAGAGGGGUUUGUGUCUUUCUGACCUUUCAGCUGACGAGUACAAGUCUUUGAUGGAUACCCAUGCAACUGGAAGGCUAUCAUUGGUCAUUGAAAUUUUACGGCGAUUGAAGUUGAUUCGAAUGGUUAGUGAUGAACAUUUGAAAGAUGCAAUUAAAGUUCCUCAUGCCAUUUCUACACAUGCAUUGGAGUUUAAGCCUUACAUAGAGGAACCACUUUCAAAAGAUGCAAUAUCUUUGAGUUUUAGAUCUGUUGAUCUUCGCCCACGAAUCAGACAUGAUUUUGUCCUGUCAAAUAGAGAAGCUGUUGAUGAGUAUUGGCAAACUUUAGAGUAUUGUUAUGCUGCCGCUGACCCAAGAGCUGCUUUACAUGCAUUUCCUGGAUCUGCUGUACAUGAGGUGUCCCUGUACAGGUCAUGGACCAAAAUUCGAGUUAUGACAGCUGCUCAGCGUGAUGAGCUCUUAAAGCGAGUAGAGAAGGAUGAUCCAAGUGAAAAGCUUUCAUUUAAAGAGUGUGGGAAGAUUGCAAAGGAUCUCAAUUUGACCCUGGAGCAGGUGCUUCGUGUGUAUUAUGAUAAGCGCCAUCAACGUCUUCAUGGAUUGCAAAAUAAAAGGGAUGAAGUUCAACCUAAAAAAGGUAGACGUGUUUCACGAAAAAGGAAGAGAUCUUCUGAACAAGAGUCAGUAAACUUCACUGAAACUGAUGAGGUAACUGCACAGUUGGAAGAGCAGGGGAAUGCCACAUUAUCUGACUCUGUAAAACAAUUCAUUGAAGAAAAAAGUCUCUUGGUCAUUUCUUCAGAUAAGCAUGACACACAUUUGGAACCAUUGGCUGAUCAUUUAGAAACUGGGCAGGAACCGGAACCAAACAAAGAUGAUGAUGGGUGCCAUUCAAUUAUUAGCAAAUGUAGUUUUUCAAACUUGAAAUCUACACGUACUUACAAAAAAGAAAAGUUGCAGUCCACACGUCAACGGAGGUUUUCGUGGACAGAGGAGGCUGAUAGGCAAUUGAUUAUCCAAUAUGUAAGACAUCGUGCAACUCUUGGGCCAAAAUAUCACAGGAUAGAUUGGACUUCACUUCCUGACCUUCCAGCACCUCCUAGUACCUGCCAAAAACGAAUGGCAUUACUCAAAAGUAACAAAAGAUUUAGAAUAGCUGUAAUGAGGCUGUGUAACGUGAUUGGUGAACGAUAUGCAAAGUUCCUGGAAAAGACUCAGAACAGAUCACUAACCAAAGAUGAUUGUAGGCUGCUUUUGCGAGGUUCGACGGGGGAAGAUAAUGACAGAAAUCUUCCUAAUAUCAGUAAUCAUAAUCAAGGGACAGGUGUUCAGGAAGAACCAUGGGAUGAUUUUGAUGACAAUAACAUUAAAAGAGCCCUUGAGGAGGUCCUUCACUACAAGAGGAUGGCUAAAUUGGAUGCCUCAAAACGAGUUGGAUCUACCUGUCAGGACUGGUCAGAUCUUAACACAAAUGCUGAAGAAUAUGAUCCGCAGGAAUCUGAAUUAAUUGCAUCAACUACUCCAUACGAGGAUGUUCAGAACCAUAGUGGAAGAGGAUUGAAAAUUUCUGCACGAAGAUCAUGCUGUCAACACCUUAAUGAAAAGUUUUUUAAGCUUUUGCAUGGAGUUAAUGUUAGUACACAAGUCUACAAAUCUUUGGCCGUUUCUAAUGCUGUAGAGCUGUUUAAGCUUGUCUUCUUGAGUAUCUCAACAGCACCAGAGGUGCCGAAUCUGCUCGCAGAAAUUCUACGGCGUUACUCAGAGUGUGAUCUAUUUGCAGCUUUCAACUAUCUUAGAGAUAGAAAAAUCAUGGUAGGGGGAAAUGACAGUCAACACUUUUCUCUCUCACAACAGUUCUUGCAUAAUAUUUCUAUGUCACCAUUUCCUACUAACUCUGGGAAGAGAGCUACUAAAUUCGCUCAUUGGCUCCGUGAAAGAGAGAAAGAUCUUAUGGAAGGGGGGAUUGAUCUCUCUGCAGAUUUACAGUGUGGGGACAUAUUCCAUUUGUUUGCUCUAGUUUCUUCAGGUGAACUGUCAAUUUCCCCAUGCUUGCCAGAUGAAGGCAUGGGAGAGGCUGAAGAUUUGAGAAGCUCAAAACGUAAAAUUGACAGCAAUGAAUUUUUAGAUGGUGAUAAGACUAAAAAGCUAAAAUCAUUUGUGGCAGCAGAAGGUGAAAUUAUUUCCCGUCGAGAAAAAGGUUUCCCAGGUAUCAAGGUAUCUGUAUAUCGUGCAUCAUUUUCUACAGCCGACGCUGUAGAUUUGUUCACAAACGAUACACCUUGUGUGAAAAAAAUUGGUGGGAGUUAUCAACUAGAUAGUACUUGUGGUCAGAAUAUUUUAUCUCAUUCUCACCAUAUGAAAGAAAUCCUUGAUUCAAGCAGCACUGUCCGUGUAUUAGAGAAUUGUAGCAACUCGCCUUGGGAAGGUAUGGUGCGGUAUGCUGAACAUUUGCUGCCAUCAUGUUCUUCUCAAAAUCAAUCAAGUCCCAUCCAUCCCGAGGUCUUCAGGUCCAUUUACAGUGCUAUUCAGACGGCUGGAGACCAAGGACUGAGCAUGGAAGAUGUUUCCCGAAUAACAAAUAUCCCAGGAGAAAAGAUGACUGAGUUUAUCAUUGACGUGCUUCAAACAUUUGAACGAGUCUUAAAGGUCAAUGCUUAUGACUCCAUUCGUGUUGUUGAUUCUUUGUAUCGUGGGAAGUAUUUUAUGACUUCAGUGCCAGGGAUUUGUCAAAAACUUGAACCACCUUCUGAGAGAAAACCACAAAGAGGCAAUGAUGGCGAUAGUGGUUGUGCUCAUUUACAGGGGGAUAUAAAUAUGCAUGUUGAUGAUGUUCAUAAAGUGACAUUUCUUAAUUUCCCUGAAGAGGUUUGUGAGCUGUCAUAUAAAAAACAGACUAGCAGUGAGCUGGAAGGCUGUAUGAAAGGCAUAGAAGUUUCACCUAGAGGGGAUGGUGAGGGUGAAUCUUCUAAAUCCUCUUCGGGUAAACUAUGUGUGCCAAUAUUACCAUGGAUAAAUGGUGAUGGGACCAUUAACAAGAUUAUCUACAAGGGACUCAGGCGACGUGUUCUUGGAAUUGUGAUGCAAAAUCCAGGGAUAUUAGAGGAUGAAAUUAUCCGCCGGAUGGAUGUACUGAACCCCCAGAGCUGUAGAAAGUUGUUGGAGUUGUUGAUUUUGGAUAAACACAUUUCUGUGAGGAAGAUGCAUCAAACUACAUCCAAUGGGCUACCACCAAUACUAAGGACUCUCUUUGGAAGCAGCUUCACUGAACGAAAGCUGGUUUUCCGUGAGCAUUUCUUUGCAAACCCUACAAGCACGUCCUUGCUGUAGACGUUUAGCGUCUUGUUCUAGAUCUAUUUUGGAGCUGUACUUGUUGUUCGACGUGCUUUGUGGGUUAAAGUUUCUUGUACAGGAUGUGAUUAAAAUAUAUGCAUUCACAGAUUUGGCAAUUUCUGUAUAGCUCUGCAAUGUAUGAGGUUCUGAAAAAUCAGUCUUAUGAAAACAUGAAAAUGAUUUUCCAUUCCCAAUUCCCUUUUCUCGCGGAAAAAAAAAAGCUCCUCACUGUAAUUUUUGUUUCCAAUAGUGGUGCCCUGAUUGUACUUGUGCCUUUCUUUACCUAUGCUUUAGCAAAGGUACAAAAUAAAAAUCUUGUGCUGUAGCUGAUGA